GCUGGGUUACGCAGCAGCCGCCGCCAGCACUGACAGCACUAGGCAGAAGGGGCUUGCCCGAGCGCUCCCGGAGCAUCUCCAGAGGCGCGGCGGCUGCGCCUGCCCGACUCACUGGGGGAGCCGGUCCAGAGCCGGGGGCCAGGGCCAGGGCCACCGAAGGGCUGAAGGCCGGGGAACGGAAAAAUACCUAGAAUAAUACGAACACUACUACUAAUAACAAUAAAGAGUGGUGGGCAGGAAAAGGAGGUCGCGGGGGGAAGCAGAGGGCGAGAAGAAAGCGCGGCUCCGAGGACGGGCCGGGGCAAGGGGCCGGGGCAAGGGGCAGGGGCAGGCCCUCGCCGGGGCUGCCGGCAGCCCCCCCGCGCCCCGGGGCAGCCGUCGGGGCGGUGGCGGGGCAUGGCCGCCGCGGGGACUCCCGCGGCCUGAGCCGCCCCCGCCGCCGGCACCAUGGCGGCCCCCGCCGAGGCCGGCCUCGACGUGGCGGCGGUGGAAAGUUUCCUAGAGAGGCACCCGGAGCUGGUGGAGAAGUGGCUGAAGAGGAAGAUGUCGCUCUCUAAAGCGCCCGCCGCCUCCGCCCCCGACCCGUCGGAGGAGCGCCGGAGCAGCAGCGGCCCCGGCGGCGGCUGGGGCAGCGCGGGCGGGCCCGGCGGCCCCGGCGGCGGUGGGGGGCUGCAGCGCCGAGCCUCCCAGAAGGAGCUGCGGAAGAGCUUCGCCCGCUCCAAGGCCAUCCACGUCAACCUCACCUACGACGAACAUGUGCACGCCCGGGCGCAGGAGCCGCUGAGCAGCGUGCGGCGGCGGGCGCUGCUGCGGAAAGCCAGCUCCUUGCCCCCCACCACCGCCCACAUCCUCAGCGCCCUGCUGGAGUCCCGCGUCAGCCUGCCCCAGUACCCCCCCACCGCCCUGGACUACAAGCGCUACCUCAAGGAGCACAACGAGCGCCAGUUCUUCCUGGAGCUGGUCAAGGACAUCUCCAACGACCUGGACCUCACCAGCCUCAGCUACAAGAUCCUCAUCUUCGUCUGCCUCAUGGUGGACGCCGACCGGGGCUCUCUGUUCCUCGUGGAGGGGGCCGCCGGCGGCAAGAAGAGCCUGGUCUCCAAGUUCUUCGACGUGCACGCCGGCACCCCGCUGCUGCCCUGCGGCUCCACCGAGAACAGCAACGAGGUGCAGGUGCCCUGGGGCAAGGGCAUCAUCGGCUACGUAGCGGAGCACGGAGAGACGGUCAACAUCCCCGACGCCUACCAGGAUCGUCGCUUUAAUGACGAGAUUGACAAACUGACCGGAUACAAGACAAAGUCACUCUUGUGCAUGCCCAUAAGAAACAGUGAUGGAGAGAUUAUUGGUGUUGCCCAAGCAAUAAAUAAGACUCCGGGAGGUGCCCCUUUUUCUGAUGACGAUGAAAAAGUGAUGCAGAUGUAUCUCCCAUUCUGUGGGAUUGCCAUAUCCAAUGCCCAGCUAUUUGCAGCUUCAAGGAAGGAAUAUGACAGAAGCAGGGCUUUACUGGAAGUAGUGAAUGAUCUCUUUGAGGAACAGACUGACCUAGAGAAAAUUGUCAAGAAAAUAAUGCAUCGGGCCCAGACUCUGCUGAAGUGUGAACGGUGCUCAGUAUUACUUCUGGAAGAUAUCGAAUCACCAGUGGUGAAAUUUACUAAAUCCUUUGAGUUGUUAUCUCCAAAAUGCAGUGCUGAUACUGACAACAGUUUCAAAGACAAUGUGGAGAAAUCAACAUCUUAUUCUGACUGGCUAAUAAAUAAUAGCAUUGCUGAACUCGUAGCUUCCACGGGUCUCCCAGUGAACAUCAGUGAUGCUUAUCAGGAUCCUCGCUUUGAUGCUGAAGCUGACCAGAUUUCUGGCUUUCACAUAAGGUCUGUUCUGUGUGUUCCUAUAUGGAAUAGCAACCACCAAAUAAUUGGGGUGGCUCAAGUGUUGAACAGGCUUGAUGGGAAACCCUUUGACGAUGCCGACCAGCGACUGUUUGAAGCUUUUGUUAUUUUCUGUGGCCUGGGCAUCAACAACACCAUUAUGUAUGACCAAGUGAAGAAAUCCUGGGCAAAACAGUCUGUGGCUCUUGACGUGUUAUCUUAUCAUGCAACAUGUUCGAAGGCAGAAGUUGAUAAAUUCAAGGCAGCAAACAUCCCUCUGGUGUCAGAGCUUGGCAUUGAUGAUAUCCAUUUUGAUGACUUCUCGCUUGAUGUGGAUGCCAUGAUUACUGCAGCCCUGCGGAUGUUCAUGGAACUUGGAAUGGUUCAGAAAUUUAAAAUUGACUAUGAGACGCUGUGUAGGUGGCUUUUGACAGUUAGGAAGAAUUAUCGCAUGGUUUUGUAUCACAACUGGAGGCAUGCUUUCAACGUCUGCCAGCUAAUGUUUGCCAUGUUAACUACUGCAGGAUUUCAGGAGAUUCUAACUGAAAUUGAAAUUUUAGCUUUGAUUGUGGGAUGCUUGUGUCAUGACCUUGACCACAGGGGAACCAACAAUGCCUUCCAAGCUAAGAGCGGAUCAGCCUUAGCUCAGCUCUACGGUACCUCUGCUACCUUGGAGCACCACCAUUUCAAUCAUGCUGUCAUGAUUCUCCAAAGUGAGGGUCACAACAUCUUUGCUAACUUGUCCUCUAAGGACUACAGUGACCUUAUGCAGCUUCUAAAGCAAUCGAUAUUGGCAACAGACCUCACUCUGUAUUUUGAGAGGAGGACCGAGUUUUUUGAACUUGUCAGUAAAGGUGGUUAUGAUUGGAAUAUAAAAAACCACCGAGAAGUAUUUCGAUCAAUGCUAAUGACAGCCUGUGACCUUGGAGCUGUGACCAAACCGUGGGAGAUUUCAAGACAGGCAACUGAGCUGGUAACCAGUGAGUUCUUUGAACAAGGAGACAGAGAAAGAUCUGAACUCAAACUCACCCCUUCAGCCAUUUUUGAUCGGAACAGGAAAGAUGAACUACCCAGGUUGCAGCUUGAGUGGAUUGAUAGCAUCUGCAUGCCAUUGUAUGAGUGUCUAGUGAAGCUGAACGUGAAACUGAAGCCUAUGCUGGACUCCGUGGCAGUAAAUAGAGGUAAAUGGGAGGAGCUGCACCAAAAAAGGCUUCCUUCUCAGGCAGCAUCCUCGUCCUCCUUUUCCUCUAGCUUUCCCGUGUCUCUCAAAGACAUAAAUUAAGCCUGCAAAUGUCAGUGUUGCUUUACGAUAAGAGCUGUCUGAAAGGUUUUCAUAAGCUUAAGCCCACCAUUUUUUCAAGAAACGCUUUCACAGACAUGCUUAAUUGAUUGGAUAUUAUCUUGAUGGCGGCAUAGUUUGCUUUUACUGGGAGGCUUAGUGGGACUGAAAGAAAGGCCUCUGGUGAGAUUGCGCUGGUAUCUGGAGCGACACGGAAGACUUAGCACAAGAAGCAUUCAUUCAGCUGCACUACAUUUCAACUGCUGCUGUAAAAAUCUGUAAAGCUGACAACAGACUGAAAUAUAAGAACUUACAGCUUAAUGAAAUUAAUAAUACAGAGUAAAACCGGGAUGCAAGCUGGUCAAAUCAUAUGCAAGGAGCUGCAGGAAAACAGAAUAGUAUGUAAUUACAUUGUUGUUUUGCAUCUCUUCAGUACAUGUUAUGAAUCAAUUAUGCCUGCUUUUGUGAUGUUCCUGUCUCACUCUUCCCUCCUCUUUUAUGCCUGAACAUUCUGAAAAGCCUGCUUUGUAUUCUAAAGAAGUAUUUUUUUACAACAAAGCUUCUUAGUGAUUGAUCAGGGCCUUUAGAAUUGCCUACCUUUGCUACAUUUAAAAACAAACUUUAUUAUCUUUAAAAACACCAACCUGUCCCUGCUUCCCUAGGAAAUUCAUAUUAACAGUGCAGUAAAUUUCUCAGCAAGGGGAAGUUUGCAUAAAGGCAAAAUAUUGCAUUGUAAUUUUAGAGGGGUUUUUUUCUUUUAAAAAAAGCUCUUUUAACAUAUUCAUUUUUUUAAAAAUUACUGUGUCCUGUAAGGAAAAGACUAAUGGGCUUUAAUGAAAGUAGAAUACAAAUAAAAAAAGAAAUCUGUUGCCUUGUGCUUCAGGUUUAUAUUACAUUGAAAAGUGGACCAUGGAUAAGACUUCCUAAUAUAAUUUCCAGUUGAAAUUAAUAUUUUGAAGUGGUGGAGAGGAAGAGUAUCAUCAUACCAGACCAACUACCUCUUACUUCUCUUGCAGUUCUUUCAGUACAAUUUGAGAUGCUAUUAUGGCUAGCACAGCCAGCACUAGUCAAGACUCACAUGCAGACGUCUGUAGAGGUGUUCAUAAAAAUCUAAUCAAACAUGAUAGGUCACAAAACCAAAUGCAUCUGUUUCUGUGUGAUGAUGCUGGUAUUACCUGGAAGUUGGUCUCUUUCCAUUAGUGCAAAGAUCACUAGCAUAGCAAAACUAUGAUCUAUGAUUUGAGAGUGCUUUCUCUGCUGCAUGACCGGUCACAAGAGAAGUCAUGUUGCAGUGCUUACGGGUUCCCAUUCAUAGGGGAAAAAAGCCUUUGUACUCCAUGACAAAUGGGAUUCUAAAUAUAGGGCUGUCUGGCAGCAGAAAUUAAAGCUGAAUUCAGCUUAGUUUUACACCUGUGCCAAACUCCAUUUACUUUAGUGGAAUUACCUUGAACUGGCACCAACUUAAUGGAAAUCAGAAUCUAGCCCAGCUGACCAGAUGCUAAAAAGAGCUUUCCUCCUUUCUAAGAAAAGCGAGUCGUUAGCGCCUUUGAAAAGCUGACUACAUCUGUCUGACAAUCAAACAGAAACAACAAAUCUGCUGAUCACUUAAAAAAAACCCACAACAAAACAAAAACACUCUGUACCACUAAUCAUGUGUGGAAGAGAAUAGCUGGAAAUUUCAGUACCAUUGCAAGCCAAUCUGUUAGUACACAACUGAACCACGUCACUUUCUCUAGCAGAAAGAAGCAGGGAAGGAGCAGAAACACAGACUGCACAGCAGUGAAUACAUGCACCAAAUGGUAAUGUUUCUGCUAUUAUUUUACCACUUCUUUCCUCCCUGAAUAAAGACAGAUGCAGGAUAGUAAGCAGGAAGCUUUGUAAGCCAUACAAAACUUACAGCGUGUACUUUAUGGGAGAAACGGUACUAGGAACUGACAUAGUACUGCUGGCAGGUACACACAGCUUUCCUGAAUGUUGGUAUUGCAUAUUGCUAAGUAUAACGUAAUUUAUAGCGCAUACCCUACAGCUUCCCCCAAGGUUGAGUCUCCCCUUAUUUCCUCUCCUUUUUAUUGGCUUCAGUGCGCUGUUGCCCAUAGCAACACCCACUGGCAGGGAUGGGGAUUCAGCACCACCGCAACCUGACAUACAGCUGAAGCUCUAACAAUGUCAACCAUCAAUCAAGUGACUGUUUGUAAUUGCCUCCAUCUAUUUCUCCUGUCUUUCGGUAUCUUUGCUAUUGUGGGUCAAAAUUCAGAAACUGCUGACUAAUGUUAUGGUUCUGUUCCUCCAUCACAAGGAAGAAAAUGAGAGAGCACGGCUAGAUCUUUAUCAAAUUGUUCUCAGGCAAAAUGAAGCAACCCCACUGAAACCAGAGGGGCACAGUAGUGCAUCUCAGAACAGCAUUUGGUCUCUGAAAGUGAUAGCUCAAUCUUAAAAAAAACCAACGAACCAAAAAUCUUAUACUUUUUUUAACACUUAGCUUAGGAAUCAGCAAGAGACUUGCAUUUUUGAGAGAAAAAGAUUUUUUUGUGGAUGCGUGCAGUAAAGAAACAUACUCCAAGUUUCUUAUUUUUUAAGGUGGUGGAAAACUUUCUAGCUAGUGCUUACAAGCUAGAUGUAAUUUACAGAAAUUUGGUAUAAUGUACAAAAAUUGUAUAUGCUUUUCCUUAUUUCUGACAGGGAAACAUUUUCCCAGUACUUGUCAGUUUUGCCAAAUUCUUCCAAGAUGUGUACAGGAAACAUGACUCUGUAUGUUAUUAAAUUGACGUUCCCAUGUCUUUUACUUGUUUCCCUGCCCACUGCACAAGGAGAGAUCAAAAGCCAUUGAAACAUAAAACACAGGUCCACAAGAGGAGAGAACAAAUCAGAGGGCAUGUGGAGAAGAGGACAGAGACAUUGUUACCCAGGACAGUGCUAGCUAGUAAACUGCUGCUUGGCCUUUCCCUUGAGAUGCCCAACACAUCUGGUCUGCCUCAGCAAGACAAGUCAUCGCUUAUUUGCCCCAGCUGGUAGUGGAAAUUUGGCCUUGGAUGAGGGUUCUAGCAUUUACAAUUGCAGCGCUACGAUGUAGUGAGCAUGUGGAGCACCCGUAGGGUCACUGAGGCUUCAUUCUCCUCCCAAAGGUGCUUCAAGCUCGUUGAACAGCAAUGCCUUUUUCCUAGGUGUUCUACUGACUAGUGCUAACCUCAGUCUUGAGUUUCAUCAGGUUUCUUGUCUCACAAAUUAGGGGCUGUGAGGUCUCACAGGAGCCAGCCAACAGCCCUCACCUUAUCAGCAGAAAAUAUCAGCAGAAGACCUGGGUCUUCAUCCCCAUCCUCAACGACAGUUCAGGCCACGCAGUAAUUCCACUUAGUAUUCCUACCCAUGAGGCCGCUUAGCAAAAUCAACCCUUCUGCACACACAAAAAAUAUCAAAAAAUAAAAACAAAUAAAAAGGCAUAAAUGCCCUAGCAUUGCAUAGUGUAAUCAGGAAAGAGCCUGACAUUCAAAUCCUGCUUGAUUUGGAGCAGGCUUUUGAACUGCAGGUGCACCUUCCUCACCAGCCUGUGAGGAGUCACAAGGCUGGGCUUGUCACCUGCCCUCCUGCUGAAGCCCCCUACUUGUGCUCAGCAAGGAGAUGGGACACCUGCUAGGUACAGCCCCAAUUUCUGCUUCACUCCUGGGAGAUGCACAGAGCAGACAGGCUUUGGUGGCAGAGCUCAGGACUUCUGGAUUAAGCUCUGGAUAAAAUCUUUCUGGAUUAAAGUGCUCCCCUGCAACAUGACACUGUGACCCCACUGGAAAACCAAACACUGUCCAAGGCAAGGAACACCUCAGGUAGAGGCUCUGCUGUUGUUCAGACAGAAGGGUUUCCCACCUCCCAAGUUGGAACGAGACAUCCAACGCGUGUCUUUGGCCAUAAUUCAAGCAGUAAAAUCAGACAGUUUCCCCUAAAAGUGCCCCACCAUUUUGCCUUUCUGCCAGCCUGGGACCUACAGACAAAACAGAACAGCUUCAUAGUGUGACUGAGAUACAGACAUCUGCCUCUCUUUGCUCCUGCUCCAAAGCAAAAUCAUGCUUACAAGGUUAGGCAGCUCACAGAAGUUUAAACUGGAUGCCUCACCUGGCAGUUGGACAGUGAACUCCCCAUGCAUCUCUGUCACAGCCAGCCCCUACUAUUUGCAGGGCCAGAGAUCUUGCUUAGAAGGUCAUUAGUACGCUUUUUGCCCUGCAGACAAUAAUGGCAGAGUAGAUGAGUAUGUUUCAUUUUAGCUCAGGUAUUCCUUCAGAUGGUGUCCUUGGUACAGCAGCUGCAUUUUUCUAGACUGGUGACCUUGCUAAUUGAUCCUUCUUAUAGCGCACUGCAAUCUCAUAAUGUGCCUGUAGUUAUCAACAAAGCCAAUAAUAAUAUUCACAAACUACUUUUUGAAAACUGCAACCAGCAGUGCCUAACAUCAUUUGUAAUAUUUAGACAAAUCAAUCACAGUGGAAAAACAGGAGAGUUUCAGUCUACAGGCCGAAUACUUACAUUCCCUUCAUAAAAACAAAGAGUCUCGGUUACUAAUACAUCAUGUAUGCAUUUGAGUAAAAUUUUAGAACAGGUUUAUUUCAAGGUUAUGUAAAACAUAACAGACCUUCCAAUGCUUAGAGUGUUCUGAGCAGGAAAACAUAGACCAAGAAGGUUCUUUAUUAGUUUUGUCAGAGAAAUGGAAGAUUUUAAGAGUAAAAUCAUGUGAAUGGGUUCUAACGUAACAAUGAGCUGGGAGGUAUAAAUCUGCUGAAAUUAGACACUCCAGUGAUUUCCAUCAUUUGAAUGUGCCAGUACUGGAAUACAUACUGUAUAUUGCUUGUUACCUUUUCUUUCUUGGAUUACUUUGUAUUUAAUUACCAAUUUACAAGCAUGUUAGCCACUGCAUCUUACAGUUUUGUGGGGAAUACCAUUAUAAGCACUGAACCUUUGCCUAUGGGAAACAACUGCCACAUGCACAGAAAUACUGUGUGUAUGUUCUAAUGCAAGUGAAUCCUACAUAGUUUCAAAAUGUGUAACUUCAGACUUCUGCAUCCUUUUCGCACUUUAAGACCAUUACCCUCAUUGUUUUGCUUUAGUAGAUCAAACAAUGCUGAUGCAGCUUUUUAAAGCAUGUUUUUGAAAUUAACAACUUGGUUUUAUUGAUCUCUCUAAAAAAAUAUAUUAAAUAAU